GCGGGGGAAGUGGCGGGGCGGAAUGGCUUCCCCUCCAGACGCCCACCCGCUGAAGCCAGCCCCCGCCAAACCUCUCACGGACCUGGACUUUCACUCUGGAGUGCGGAUCGAGGAGCUGCACCAACUCAUCCAAGAGUAUCACGCCAGGAGCCCCAACAUCCAAGACGGGCCGGAACUGCACUUGGCCAAGGACAUCGUCUUCUCUCUCUUAGGUGUGGUUCAGAACUCUGAUAAGAAGCUCCCGGCCGUCAACAGGUACCUGCUCCUCUCCGGAGGGGUCCAGCAGGGCACUGUUGAUGUGGACCUGGAUGUCCUACAGCACCUUUCCCUUGGAGGGGACUAUGAUGCAGACUUCACCCUCCUGGUGCCGAUUCUGAAUGCUGCCGGAGUCCCCGUCACCUUGGACAUGAAGGAGAGUCCGCCAGGCCACGCCCAGAUCAGCCUCCUGCCCUUCGACCCUGCCACACUCGGCCGCUGGUCAGACUGUUGCCUGGGAGACGAGGCCUACCUGUCUGCCGAGCUGGUCCCCGCCUGGUUCGCCCGCUCCUUCGCCGCCGCCGCCAAAGACACACGGGUUGAGCACCGUGGCUGCAUCACUUCGGUGGUCGUCCCUGUCGGACGCUGCCGAGUCCUCUGUGAUCUCGUCCCUGUCGUGGCCUUGAAGGGGUGGCCGGAAGUUGCCCACCCAUGGCUGACUCAGCCCCACUUCUGGGACGGGAAGCUGAAGGAUGAGGAAGUCUCCGGGGGUUUUUACUUGCUGCCUUCCGCCUCUGGGGCCAGCUGGCGCCUGGCCUUUUCGACCAGCGAGAUGCACCUGCGGAAGAUGCUGCCGCUGCCUUUGCUCCAGGCCUUUGGGGCGGCCACGGCCGUCCUAGGCCACCACCUCUCUGAAGGCCUGGGGCCUUAUCACCUCUUCACCUUGGUGCUCCGGGCCUGCGAGCGGCUGCCCGCCAGCUACCUGGGCCAAGAGGAGAACGCCGCCCACGCCUGGCUGGGCCUCCUGGAUGACCUCACCGCCUGCUUAGUCCACCGGCGCCUUCCUCACUACUUCCUCCCCAGGUGGAACCUUCUGGAAGGCCUUUCCCGUAGGACCGUGGAGUGUCUGGCCCAGGAACUGGCCAGGGUGAGGGCCAACCCUUCCAAAUACCUCCGCCGGGCUGUGGAAGGGGCCAAAGAAGCCAAGAGAUUAGCCAAAGCUUUUCAAAACCAGAACGCCUCCUCUGUUGCCUCGUAACUCCUCCAAAGGGCACGUGGUGCCUAGUGGCCAACGUAUCUCAGGAAGCGAGACCCAUCGUAUGGUCUUUGCGUCUUCCCCAGCCCCCCUUCCGCCCCAGGUUCCUCAACUGCCUUCCUGGCUCCUCCAGCAGAGGGAAAAUUGGGACGGGGAUUGGGGGGGGGGGGGCUUCUGGCUUUCUGCAGGCCCCAGAACACCUGGGCUCUUUACUGCUGUGGGAGGGAAGGGUCUAGUGUGCAGUGGGGGCCAGAUUCCAGCCCUGAGACCAUCUCUGGCCUUCUGGCGGCUUGGUGAGAGCCCCAAACCUCCAGAAUUGCCCCUCCCCCAGCUUGGUGAGAGCCCCAAACCUCCAGAAUUGCCCCUCCCCCAGCUUGGUGAGAGCCCCCCCCCCCCAGAAUUGCCACUCAGCUGCCCUUCUUGACCCCCAAGCCCACGAUGGGUCUCUGCCCUCAUCUGAGGGCUCCAAGUUGUCUUCAGGGGCGUCUCUUGAAAUGAGAGUGGAGACCAGUGGUAGCCCAGAGGUUGAGACAUGUGCUGCCCCCGUAAGGAGUGAGGGGUCUCCCAGCAGGGUGGGUUCUGGGCGUUCCCCCAACAACCACGAAUUGGGCCUUGCUUAACCCCUUUCCUGCCAAAUGUGGCACCCUCUGCUCGACAUCCGACAGCCUAGUUUGGAAUGCUCCAAAAUGCCAUGUUCUUCUGCUCCCUCAGCCUCUGACUGGGUUUUGCCAAACAGGACGUCUUCUGGGGUAUUUUUUUUAAUGUUGCUCGUGGCAACAUUCCCAACCAAAGAGUAAAUUUGGUCUCUGAGAAGGGAAGUUUAGGGGACGGUCAGCACAACACAACCUCUGCCGAAGGACCACCCUUGAAUUUUGCCACACUAAAUUGCCUUUUGACCCUCUGGAAGUAGCCGCCUUCUGUCAUCAGGAAUCCCGUAUAAACUAUGAAGGUAUCGAUGCAAUAAUGAUAGGUUGGAGAGGGUUUGACAGCAUUUAUAAAACAUUUGCGCUUGUAGGCUGUUUUUCUAAUUAAGAUUACUUUGGGGUGAAGGCAAAUUUAAAAACCAAUCUGGUAAUUAUUUUCAUACAGUGGUAAUGAGAUUUGGUGGGGGUGUUUUGUACCUUCUGCAGGAAAAUUAUAUUAAAUGGUGAUCUUGGAAUGCAAAGGAAUGAACUGUUUUUGGAGUUUGCCUGCUGGGGGAGGGGUGAAUGGCCGGCAAAGGGGUGAAGAAGCACUUCGUUAGACAGAUAAUGGAUAUUCUGUCUCUCCAGAGUCCUGUUUGAGGCAGCUGACAACUGAAACCAUAACACAGAACCCAACAUGAGGUGAAAACCAACCCAGGGCAUAAAAAGCAGGUUACAAUAAUCAGUAAACUGUCUCAAAUGUUAUCCAUACCAUAAGAACAUAAGAACUAGCCUGCUGGAUCAGACCAG